UGCAGGACGGACGCCUCGCCUCGCAUCCAGCUGCGGGCGGCGUGCGCGGGUCGCGGCGGCCGGAGCCCGGGUGUGCGCUGGCGGCAAGAGGACUGAGCCGCCGGGGGACGAGCUGAGGCAGGAGGGGAAGGAGAGGAAGAAGCGGGUGUCCGAGCCGCCCUGAGAGAGCAAAGACAAUGUUGACAGGAAUAACGCGGCUUUUCUCCAGGGUCCAGCAGCUAGACCCAAGGUGUUUUUUACACGUGAGUGCACAAGCAUCUCAGAGCGGUCAGGUUCCAGCUGAGCAUCCCAGAGCUAUUUCCCGCACCAGUGACAGCGACCCAGCUAAGCAUGGGGAACAGCAUGAGGGUCAGCACUACAGCAUCCCCCUUCAAGAUCUGAAGACAAUAUUUCCUCAUGGCCUGCCUCCUCGAUACAUGAUGCAGGUGAAGACUUUUGGAGAAGCUUGUCUGAUGGUAAGGAAGCCAGCUGUCGAGCUUCUGAACUACCUGAAAAAUACCAAUUUUACUCAUCCAGCUGUGCGAUAUCUUCUCUAUGGGGAAAAGGGAACAGGAAAAACCCUCAGUCUUUGCCAUGCUAUUCAUUUCUGUGCAAAACAUGACUGGCUGAUUCUGCAUAUCCCAGAUGCUCAUCUUUGGGUGAAAAACUGCCGGGAGCUUCUGCAGUCCACUUACAACAAACAGCGCUUUGAUCAACCCCUAGAGGCCUCUACCUGGCUGAGGAAUUUCAGAACUACGAAUGAGCGCUUCCUGAGCCAGAUAAAAGUUCAAGGGAAGUAUGUGUGGAAUAAGCGAGAAAGCACUGAGAAAGGCAGUCCUCUGGGAGAAGUUGUUGAACAGGGCAUUACACGAGUGAGGAACGCCACAGAUGCCGUUGGGGUUGUGCUGAAGGAGCUAAAGACGCAGAGUUCCUUAGGGCUCUUUCACCUCCUGGUGGCAGUGGAUGGAGUCAAUGCCCUCUGGGGAAGGACCACACUGAAAAAAGAAGAUAGAACCAUGAUUGCCCCAGAAGAGCUAGCCCUUGUUCACAGCCUGAGGAAGAUGGUGAAAAAUGACUGGCGUGGAGGUGCAAUUGUGUUGAGUUUGAGCCAAACCGGGUCUCUCUUUAAGUCCCGAAGUGCCUAUUUGCCACAGGAGCUCCUAGGAAAGGAAGGAUUUGAUGCCCUAGAGCCAUUUCUUCCCAUCCUCAUUUCCAACUACAAUCCAAAAGAAUUUGAAAGUUCUUUUCAGUAUUAUUUAGAGAACAAUUGGCUUCAGCAUGAGAAAGCUUCUACAGAAGAAGGGAGGAAAGAGCUGAAGUUCCUGAGUAACAGCAACCCUGGGCAGCUGGAGCGGCUCUGCGCCUCACUGUAAGCUCGGACACAGUGCAUCAUGUCUGGAAGACAAGUGGAACAGCCUGACCUGCAAUGAUGAACAUAGGACAAUGGGAUGUCCCAUUGUUCUUGCAACUAAUACCAGUUUUUUGUUAUGGCUUUCACAUUAAAUAUAGGUCUGUUUCUGAGUGUUGUGUUAGAUUUGCAAUAAGAAAAGCUUGCAUUUUGCCCAAAUUGAAUUUCUCUGUCAUUCUGUUUAUUAGAAUCUGAAGAAACUCAAUUUUACAGAAA